AUGGACAGAGCCAACGACAGCGCCUUCUCUGGGUUCAUUCUCCUGGGCUUCUCCAACAGGCCCCAGCUGGAAGGGGCUCUCUUCGCGGUCAUCCUGGUCGUGUACGUGAUCAGCCUCCUGGGCAACAGCACCAUUAUUCUCCUGUCCGUCGUGGACCCUAGCCUCCACACGCCCAUGUAUUUCUUCCUGUCCAAUCUCUCUCUCAUGGAUCUAUGCUUGACCACGUGCACCGUCCCCCAGACACUGGCCAACUUCAAGGGACAAGACAAGACCAUCACCUAUGGGGGCUGUGUGACCCAGCUGUUCAUCGCCUUGGGGCUUGGGGGCGUGGAGUGCGUCCUUCUGUCUGUCAUGGCCUAUGACCGCUACGCAGCCGUGUGCCGCCCUCUGCGCUACACGGCGGUCAUGCACCCGCAGCUGUGCGUGCAGCUGGUCACGACCGCUUGGCUUACAGGCUUUGGCAAUUCCGUGGUGCAGACAGCGUUGACCAUGACUCUUCCCCUCUGCGGAAGGAACCACCUGGACCACUUCUUCUGUGAGGUGCCCGUGAUGCUGAAGCUGGCCUGCGCCAACACCUCCAUCAACGAGGCUGAGCUCUUUGCCGUGAGCGUCUUCUUCCUGGUGGUGCCCCUCUCGCUCAUCCUGGUGUCCUAUGGGCACAUCGCUCGAGCUGUGCUCAGGAUCAAGUCAGCCCAGGGCCGGUGGAAGGCCUUUGGGACCUGUGGUUCUCACCUCCUGGUGGUCGUCAUUUUCUUCGGGACGCUCAUCUCCAUGUACCUGCAGCCUCCCUCCAGUUAUUCCCAGGAUGUGAACAAAAGCAUCGCGCUCUUCUACACGCUGGUGACCCCUCUGCUCAACCCCCUGAUCUACACGCUAAGGAACAAGGAAGUCAAAAGUGCACUGCGGAGAGCCGUGUCCAGGAUCAUGGACGAGAGAGAGAGUUAA